AUGGCCCUCCUCGCCGCCCGCCGCGCCGCCGCGGCACUUGUCCGCCCCAGCGCCGCCGCGGCAAUUCUCCGCCACACACCCGCCGGGGCGCGGUUCUCGUCGGCGCCGGAUUACAGACCCUUCGUUCGAGGCCUCCGCGAAGGCUCCGAGUUCCUCCGCGCCGAGAAGGAGCAAUCCUCCCGCCCCUCCGCCGCCGAGCUCCGCGCCAAGGCCGACUCCCUCCGCGCCGCCACGCACGACGGCGAGAUCGUCGGCGUCCUCAACUCCGUGAUCCAGUCCCACCGCCGCGACCUGGUUAAGGGGAUUCCGAAGGACUUCCCUUUCGAAAUGAGCAGAACGGAUGGGAUUCCCAACAUUACUCUUACAAGAAGUCUAAACGGCGAGCAGAUUGAGGUCUUGGUUUCCAUGCCCAAACUCGACCAGGACGAGGAUUGCGACGUUGGUCUGCAGGAAGACGAAGCCGAGAUCUCCCCAGAAGAAUACAGCAUUCCUGUCAGGGUCACUGUAUCCAAGGCUGACGGCUCAAGCCUAGAAUUCACCUGCACUGCUAAUCCUGAUAAUAUUGUCAUCGAGACCUUGUUCAUGAGGCGGAACAAGUCAUCAGGGGCAGAGGAUGCGGUUGCGUCGGAGGGCAAGGAACAUGAUCUGGGUUUAUUAGAUGACGAGGGUCCUCAUUUCCAUGAGCUGGAUAAGAAUCUGCAGGAGGCAUUCCAUCAGUAUCUGGAGGUUCGUGGGAUCACACCCAUGACGGCGAAGUUGUUGCGCGAGCACAUGAUGAGCGAGGACAGCCACCUUUCGCCGAAAGAGAAGAGCGAUCACAGGCGCAGGCAUCUCCUCUGGCUGAUGAAGCUGUGGGAUUUCGUCAAGAAAGAUUAACACUAUGUGCGUCAUGAUCCAUCCUGUGCAUUGGAUUGGACGCAUCGUUUUCUUCGCUCGUUCUUUUUUGUCAGAUCUCUGACACUCAUCCUCUAGACUAGACUAGACUAGCCAGGGCCCUUUUUGUUAACUUUAUAAGGAGAUUUUUUUGCCUUAUUUUGUAGAGUAAAACUUGUCGCGGAAGUUCAGCUUCAUGCAUCGACUUUGUAACGAUAUACUAUAUUAAUUGUUCAAGUGAGCGUUAAGUAGCAUAAAA